AUGAAAUAUUCAUUUGUUCAAUUGAUGGAUUUACCUGUUGAAAUACUUAUGAUUAUUUUCAAGAAAUUAAAUAAUGAUGAAGUACUUUAUUCUUUAAAGAAUAUUAAUAUGCAAUUAGAUCAAAUUAUCGAUGAUCCUAUCUUUACUAAUGAAAUUUCAUUAAUAAAAUAUAAUUCAUUAGCUGAUCUUACAUCUGCACUACCUGAUAUAGUGCUUGAUCGAUUCUAUUUUCAAAUCUUGCCUAAAAUUUGUCAUAAAAUCAAAUGUUUUACUCUCGAAACAUUAUCUAUCGAACGUAUUCUUCUUGCUGCUAAGUAUUGUAAUUUAUAUCAACUUAAUAUUUUUUGUAUGAAUGAAGAAAUUGAUAUACAACUCUUUACUGAAAAAUCUCGUUUACUUCAUAUAUUUCAAAAACAGAUUGUGACAUUAUGUGUUAGUGGUAGAAGAGUUCUAUCUGAUAGAUAUUCUGAAAUGUAUACACUAGCAAAUAUUUUUUCAAAUAUCUUGCUUAAUUUUAUCAAUCUUCUUCAUUUAAAAUUCUAUUCAUUAUAUGAUUAUAACGCUGCAUAUCUAUCAUUUGUUAAUCAAUCUCCAAUGUUUUUUUCUUCAACUUUGGUAGGAUUACAUAUUAAUGUAUAUAAUUUCAAUGAUUGUCUUUAUUUACUUGAUGGUCGUUUACAUCAAUUACACACAUUAUUUGUUAAAGUCUUUCAUAUUCUUUCUCUUUUUCAUUCACCUGAUAUCACAGAAGAAAAAUUACUUAACUUGAAAUGUUUUUCAUUGAUUUGUUUUAAUGAUUCAGAUAUUUAUGAUGAAGCAAUUGUACCACAUCUGCAUCGCAUGAUAAAUUUAGAAAAAUUGCUUUUAUAUUUGGUCAUCAUGUGUAAUAGAACAUUCAUUGAUGGGAAUGAUCUCAAAAAGAAUAUUAUUAAUCAUUUGCCACUUUUGCGCCAAUUUAUAUUUAAUAUUCAUUCAAAGCUUUCGUUUGACAAUGAAAUGCAUUUUCUAUCAAAUAAAGACAUUCAAGAUACAUUUACAGAUUUUAAAGACUAUGAAGUUAUUUCUAGUGUUGACUAUUUUCCAAAUGACGGAAGUAGUCAAUCUCAUAUUUAUACAUAUCCAUAUACAUUAAGACAUUAUAAUAAUAUUACUAAUAAUUUUCCACGUAGAUUAUUUAACUAUGUUCAAGUAGUAACAUUAUUUGACGAACGUUCUUUUGAACAUGAAUUUUUUAUGAGACUUGUUCAAGCAUUUCCUUGUCUCAAAGAUUUGACCAUAACUAAUUCAGAACCACAAAAACACAAACAAUAUUCAAACUCGAAUGAUGAAAAUCAAGAUUUUUCAAUGAUUGAAUAUCCUCAUCUUAUUUACUUAAAUCUUUUCGAAAUUCAUGAUGAUUAUGCUGAACAAUUUUUAUUGGAUACAAAAACAUGUUUCUUAAAUAAUAUUCGUUUGUCAAUUGAUGAUGACGUAAUACAACGUGUGACACAAAAUUUUACGAGAGAUGCAACAAGAAACAAUUAUUCUAAAGUGAAAACUCUUUAUCGUUAUCAAUCAGUGGAUUUAUCAAAAUAUUGUUAA